CUAAUAGCAUGAAACCUUCACCAUCCUCAUCAUCCUCAUCAACACCACCCUCCAACCUGCUUACCGUUCCAGAGACCAAAGCCCUACUUAUCUCACCCUCGCCACCAACGAGGCCGCCUAGGAAUCCUUGGAGGUCAAGCUAUCAGCCUCACCCAAUCCUCACAUCCAACCAGACUGCUCAUGAUAAUCAUAAUCACAAUCACAAUAAUAAUAAUAAUAAUAACGCUCAGCCUGCAACUGCCACUACCUCAUCAACUUCAACUUCAAAGCACCGUACACAACCCUCAUCGAGCUCUCUCCUUUCCAUCCUUGAGCACCCUUCAGAUCCUUCUCGUCAUUGCCGGCAUCCAUCUCAAUCAACAUCCUCCGAUCCUCGCCCAACAAGAUUAACAAACCACAUGUCCUCGUCUCCUGGUAGUUCCAGUUAUCAGGCACACAAAUCUCAUAGACGUCACUCUUCUGUAAUAUCUGCCCUCAACUCACCCCAGCCAAUCAUUCCCUCAGCCAGCCCUAGAAGACCGAUCAGCUUUCAUCAACAGAUUUCACUUGCCCCGCCUUCAACCACAGCAACAGCAAGAUCCUCCCCAGGCUCUAUCACAAAACUCUUGACUAGAAAACUCAGUUUCCUUUCCUCCCGAAAAGCGCACGUCCCCCCAACCUCCCCAAGUGGACUGGCUUCGAUUGCUCCCCCACAGUCACCCAAUCCGAUCACACCAUCAUCGCCAGCCCCUCAGACAGCCCACAACCCGGGUGAUGAUUCAGAAGAGGCCGAGUUUACCAGUGCCGAUGAGGGAGACGAAAAUUUCUGGAAACAUUUAAGGGUUCCUUCUCCACCUCGCCAUUCUUCUCCGCACCCCGCCAGCCUCCACUCAACUAGCAGGUCCACCAUCUCGCACACCGAACCCAUCCCCACGCCUCCAACAAGAUUAGACAAUCCACCACUCACGAGACAAUAUCGAAUCAAAUACUCCGACCUACAACCUUGCUCCCAGACGCACACCAGCCCGUCUGAUGAAGCUAAACCUCAAAUAACUUCCAAUCGCAAUUCCACUUAUCAAUCCUCCAUAAGAUUCACCUCACCCACAAGACACAGAGAACCGACAACUAAGAAGAUCCCCGCUGAAUUCAGAGCAGGUAGAGUAUUUGUCAGAUCAUCUCAAAUUUUCACCGAGCCCAUUGCGUUAUCCUCUUCAGACCCAUCUACUGCGUCUGUCGAGGAAUCCGAGCAGGACCAUAGUAGCUCUAGCUCAAACAAACCGAACACUCCAUCAUCCUAUCCGAAUCAACCUGCUACCAGUCCUAUAAUAUACCCCUCAAUCCUGUCAAGCUCCCCGACCGAAGAUGAAGAUCACAGUCUCACCAAGGACUGUGGCAUCCUCUCUCGAAUCUCAGAACCAUUUAAUGCUUUGUUGUCUGCUCCAAAUACAUGUCUCUAUCCCCGACGAUCGCCUUCUUCCUAUUCUCUUGCGCAUCGCUUCAACUCUGGUGUUCAUAAUAAUCGAUCGAGCCCCAAAUCAAACUCUAACGGAGAUACAAACCAGGACGGGCUUCUACAAGCGACACCCACACCGAAAUUGCCUCCGGUAAAGAAAUCGAUCAGUAUGACAUUUAACCUCCGUCAUGUCCCAAAAUUUUUAAAUCAACGAGCCAAGUCGGAUCAUGUGACAGAUGGCGAAAAGGUGGCAUCUUAUCCUAAGCCGUCCGAAGUACAAAUCGUCAUGGCAAAUCUAUCUCCACCUGGUCUCAAUGAUUUAUCCCCCACGUGGCGCUCCCUGGUAUCUCCUGAUGAAUUUCUUCGACUCGAACAGCGCUUUGGCGCGGUCGAAAUGAAGCGACAAGAGCUGAUCUGGGAACUGUGUCGAACCGAGCUCGGUUACGUGGACAGCCUGAAGAUGAUCAUCACAACUUUUUUUCAACCAUUGAAGAAGACUCAACCGAUCACUCUAAAUGAAAAGUCGGCAAGUCAGACUUGGUCGGGCAUCGUUCCCGAAUUAAUCACCAACUUGUUUGAGAAUCUGGAAGAAAUCUGCAAUUUACACCAAGAAAUUUGCGAGUCCAUUGUAGAAAAUCAAGCAGCCCAUCAAAUUCCCGAUCAAUUGUUAAUACUGGAUGACCAACUUCAAACCGCCAACGAGGAGGAUCAUACCGUGAUCCUCAGAAUUUCUGAGACGUUCCAGAACUAUGUUGAUCGGUUCAAAAUCUAUCAGAAUUAUCUGAUUCGCUUUGAAUCUGUCCAUCAACUCAUUGAUCAGCUCACUAAAGAUCCAAACUCUCGAUUUGGCGCAUUCAUUCGCGCCCGUUCUCAGUUGGAAGAAUGCGGCAAGAUGAGCUUCAACAGCUUUUUAUUGAAGCCUGUCCAACGGUUGAUGAAAUACCCACUGUUUUUCAAGCAACUCUGUGACGUUACUCCUGCUUUACACCCAGACCACCUAGCCGGACAACAGCUAUGGAAAUCGACAGAUCAGACGAUCAGAGAAAUGCAACACGCCAAAGUACAUGAAGAGGAACUGGCGUUCUUAAAGUCGAUUGAAAGCCAGAUCGUUGGACUCUCAGGGAGCUUCAAGUUGGUUAACGGUAAACGAAAGCUAGUCAGGCAAGGCUUUGUACGCCGAGUCCAUGAUAUAAGUUAUCUUGCUCAAAAACAGCAACUCGAAUCAGAUGAUGAUACGCAUCAUUCGCGGAAACCCCUUCGUACGAACUCCCCUCGACGUACUACAAUCUCCUCCUCCUCUUCCUCGAGAUCAUCAUUAACGGCAGUCGACAAACGUCUGCGGUCUCGUUCACAACUCUCUGAUGACUGGAGCCUCAGCGAUCAUGUCGGCUUUCGAUCAAGUAUGAAGAGUGCUUUUUCAUCCCCGGGCAGUAACCUCCUAUCAGAUGGUCAUUCCAGCUCACAGAGAUUGUCAAAGUCUUCCUAUACGAGCCUCAAAACCUCAGUCGUGCAUCAGGAGAAUCCUCCAUCGCGUUUCGAAUCUCAACGACAGCGACACGUCCCUCUUCCUGCUCGUCCUGGCCAACAAGUUUCCCCAUCGUUACCGGCCUUGUCACCGCCCCUUGGCUCAUCAAAGAUAAUCUCUCGCCCCAAGCAGCUGGCACCAUCAUCAUCAUCCAAGACAAAGGUACCAAAGCCCAAGAUGUCCCUCAAUCCCAAGUCGAGUCUCAAGUCAAAUGAGAUAAAAGUCGACCAACUGCCUAUUCAUCAUUCUUCGGAUAAGCGCCAAGGUCGUAUCUCAGAUCCGGUUGACCGAAACUUGAAAACGAAACCAUCCUCAUCCUCAUUAUCAUUAUCUUCACGCGACCGACGGCAAGGUAAGAGUGCGAAGGAAGUUAAGACAUCCGGCCGACCCAAAGCUGUGGAACCCUUAGGGCUUGAACAGGAAGAUCCCCAGAGUCAGGGACAGGAGGAGAGUCUGUAUCUAUUCAUGUUUUCAGAUGGUCUACUCCUCUUGACGCGUCCAAUAGCGGAUCCUCGUGAACAGCCCCUCAAGCCUAGCCAUACGGUAAAGCCUCAGCUGUUCAGAUUGGUCGCCGAGCCACUUGCGCUCUCCUCCUUGCUCGGCUUUUGCGUCCUGCCAUCUGAUCUUCUUUCGCAUCGUCAGUGCACUGUGCAGCAGCGCUCUUCUACCAAUGACGGUCACUGUCCGAAGCCAGAACCUCGACGGCUAGAAUUCGAGAAGGAGAGCAAGGAGACGAAAGGCUGGACUAGUGGAAGUGAGGGAGGGGCCAAAAGAGGCAGACGCGGGAGAGCGAAAACCGGGCCGGAGCCGUCAAGGAUGGCGUCCCCUGGACGGGUCGAGCUGCAGCUCAGGCCUGUCGACCAUUCGGAGGGUGAUGAUGGUCUUCUGGACCAGGAAAUUCUCACGCUCACACUCGGGCUCCCUGGCCCCUUACCCGCCUCAAUCACACCUUCUGUCUACUACGCCCUCGCCCUUGACCAGCCCAAAAACGUCACCAAUACCACCCUAAAGGUUGCAAAUGCUCUCAAUGUUCAUAAUGUUCAUGAUCCUGUUAAUACCAAUGAUGCUCAGAAGCUUUCUCAUGACUUCAUGCACAUCGACCCUUCCGUUGGCCUGGUUUCACUUGCGCAGUCCGAACUCAUUCACUCCCUAACCCUCAUCUUAUUCCCUUAGUUAACCUUCAUACUCAUUAUUAUCAUCAUCAUCAUUUUCUCUCUUUCACCAUCUUGAAGUACGCAUUCUUUUUCUUUACGUUUCUUUCUAUCAUUUCAACGUUUGUCUUUCUUUGAUAGGUUGAAUAUUUGUCUUUCUUCUUCAGAGUGAAUAUUUUAUUUUGCUUUACAACGUAAAUAAUCUUGAUCUUUCUGUUUUGUACCAGAUUACAUAGAUAUGGCCUCUAUUCUUAUUUUUGGUUUUUAACUCUCUCUCUCUCUCUACACCCACCAUCCUCUUUUUCGUUUUGUGGCAUCAUUAUUUUCGCUUCUUUUAUUUUAUUGUGAUUGUUGAUUUCUUUCUUUCUUUCUUUUUUUUAUCUGUUUUUUUUUUUGGUUUGUUUCAUAGAUAUGAGCGAUGGAUCUAUUAAUAUGCCUGUGAGAUAGAUAUAAUUGACACGUUGAUACUACGUGCUGCAUCACUAUAACAAAUACCUGAAAUAAUAAUCGAUAUCAUAUGAUCGUUCUUUG